ACAAUUUUCAAAUAAUAAAAUAAAUACUGCUGAAAUGGGAUAGGAAGAUUCUUUCCACAAACAUCCUUGAGUAAUUCCAUGGUGAUCCAGAGAUAAAACAGUCUUACGCUCCUUCGAAUACAGUAAACGGCACAAAAUUGUGAACGUCAAAUGAAUGUUUUGUCUUGAUAAUGAUUGGCCCAAAUAUUCCUGGGAACACGACGAAAGAUGAGUUCUCGUUACUUCAGUUGGGUCAGCGCAUAGAAUGCAGUGGUUCAUAUGGAACUGUGAAGUACAUUGGAGAAGUGCCACCAACUAAAGGAAUAUGGCUGGGUAUUGACUGGGAUGAGCCACAUAGAGGAAAGCAUGAUGGAAUGUACAAUGAUGUUAGAUAUUUCAAGGCAAGGUUUCCUCAGUCAGGAUCCUUCAUUCGCCCAGCCAAAGCUAACUUUGGAGUCAGUUGCCCUGAAGCAAUCAGGGAACGGUACGGAGAAGUGAAAGGAGAUGAAACUGCUGGAAUUGACAGGAAAGGAUUGGAACUCUUACAAAAGGAAAUCAAUGCUAGAUUUCUGGAAGUAGUGGGGUUUGACAAGGUUAAUAGACAACAGAGUGAUUUCAGUAAACUUCAAGUUGUAUGGUUAAGGGAACAUCAAGUGAGCACUGCUGGUAGUCCAGGUGAGCUAUUCCAACUGUGUCCAAGAAUUCGGGAGCUUGAUCUCUCAAGGAAUCUGCUGAAUAACUGGACAGCAGUGGCCGAAAUAGCUAUUCAACUACAGUUCCUGCGGAUACUGAAUGUUAGUGAGAAUCACUUAGUGAUACCAGAUGAUGCUUUAUCUCUGAAGUCGUCAUUUCUAUCAUUGGAACAUAUCAUAGUUGGAAAAAUGUCAUACUCCUGGUGUGAUGUAUUGAUUUGCGCCACCAUGUGGCCUCAUAUCCAUAAGUUGCAGGUACCCUUCAACUGCAUAACGACUUUAAGCAGUCCCCCCCCAAAUAUUCUACAGAACCUCCGACUUUUAGAUUUGGAAGGAAAUAAAAUUAGACACUGGCAUGAAAUCAACAAACUUGGUAAACUUAAUACGUUAGAAGUUUUGAACAUCUCAAACACAGGUGUGAGUGAUAUUGCCUUCCCGCUGGAGAAUGAACAACAGAAGACUGAACUUUUUCCAUCAUUAAAACAGCUGCAUCUUUCAGAGAAUAACAUCAGUGAUUGGAAGUAUAUCAGUGAACUGGAAAAACUAAAAAGCCUAGAAGACCUCAAGUUCAGAGACAACCCGGUUUUACAGCAUGAAACUGUGGAAACAUGCUUUCAGCUCAUAAUAGCUAGAAUUGGCAAUUUAAAGAUUCUGAAUGGAAUAUCAGUAACACCAGAAGAGAGGAGAGGAGCUGAAUAUGACUAUAUGAAGCGUCAUGCUCACUCAUGGCUGUCUCUGACAAGUAAUUCGGAGAAAAAAGAACAGCUGAAUGAAUUCACUGUACACCACCCUCGUUACCAAUACCUAGUUGACAAAUAUGGAGCACCUGAAAAUGGAGAAACUGAAGUUACGUCCCAUACAUUAAAGUCACAACUGAUUCUUGUAGAAAUUCAUGUUCCAGAAAGUAAACACCAACCUAUAACAAAGAGAGUUCCUAGAAACAUGACAGUUCAGAAGUUUAAAGGAUUGAUACAAAAAUUAUUUAAAUUAGAAAAUGAAAUUUCUCAGCUGUCUUGCAGAAAUAAAAAAGCUCCUUACCUGGAAUAUCCCAUUGACAAUGACUUGGAGGAACUCGCAUACUUCGCAAUUUCUGAUGGAGACCACAUUAUAGCACAAUAAUAAAAUUGUGCAGUCCGUCCAGAUGUUUAAUUCAUUAUGCAUAUGGCUGUGAAUCAUAAAAUGCAUUAACAUUUAAUGUAUUUACUUAUAACCAUGGAAAGUUUUUAGAACAUUGUUAGCAGGAUGACUGUUUUGUAAACGUGCUUUAAAACUAUGUUGUAAAUUUAACACUGUUUUGUCAUGUAUGUUUGUAUUGUGUUGAUCAUUCUCAAAUUUACAGUAAAGACUAAACUUAAUGUGA